UAAUAUCUUGCUUUUACUUUUCUUAAUUGUGGGCGUGGCUUCUGGGAAAUUGUCUGUCUAAGCUGUAAACUGUGUGCUGCUCCACAGCGUUUAUAUUUUGUUUCCCGGAACUAUAUACACCAAAGAUUACGAAAAGAUUCUUCUUGUUCCGUGUUUCGAAUGUGAAAAAUGUGUAUGCACCUGUAUAAAUUUUGCACGUGUACAGGCAGACAAUAUCCAUAGUUGAACAUUGUGUUUAUUUGAAGUUGUUAAAGCUGAAACAGAGAUGCCUAGGAAUUACGACAACUGGGGGAGGUUGGUGGGUGCCGUGCAACGGCGAGAGCAGGAUCGGGAACUAGCCCUGGCUGAUUCGAGAAGCACAAGCUUCAGUUCCAUUUCCAUGUCAUUGGAUUUUGACGAACUAUCCUUGAGUUUGCCAAGAGAAGAACAAAAUGUUGAAAAUGGAAGGAGGAGUUCAAGUUCAGAUUCAAGUAACAGUUCUUACAUAGCCUUCUCGAGUACUAAAGUUCCCGUUGAUGAGGACUUGUUCCAUUGGCAAGCUACAAUCAUGGGUCCUGCGGACAGUCCAUAUGCCGGCGGAGUUUUCCUACUUUCCAUCCAUAUUCCUCAGGAUUACCCUUUCAAGCCACCUAUGAUAGCAUUCAGAACAAAAGUUUUCCACCCGAAUAUAAACGAGAAUGGGAGCAUAUGCCGGAGCCAUAUGCCUGAGUGGCACCCUGCAAAAACCAUUUCCACGGUGUUACAUUCUAUUUUCGAAUUGUUGGUGGAGCCAAACCGUGAUUGCAAUUUGGUUCCUGAAAUUGCAAGCAUGUACAAGACAGACAAGAACAGGUAUGAAAUCUUUGCAAGAAGCUGGACUCAGAAGUAUGCCAUGGACUAACAAGACUUUGGUUUGUCCAUUCUAUGUAUGAAUUCGUUUGAUUUAUUUUUCAAGUCUUGAAUUGGACAGACUAAGCCUUUAUUUGGUAUGCAGUGGAAAUAAUCAGCUGCGGAAGAAUCAGUUGAGUGUUUGAAAACUAUUAUUUCAUAAUUGUUGUAUGUUUUAAAA